CAGAUUUCUGCUAUAUAAUUAUUUAAUUAUACUUUGCAAUGAAUCACAUUCCUCGACUAUCAGAGGUUGUCUAUUAUGGACUGUGUCAUAAAAUAGGGAGUCCUACAGAAGUGAGGUUCAGGAGAGAAGUGAUGGACACUGAGGAGUUUGUGAAUAAUCCUCUGCACAUCAUAAGGGGGUAUGAUAGAAUGAAGAGCGGGAGUACAAGAGAGGGAUUCAGACUGAGAACUUCAGAUGAAGAUCAUAUGUUAUGGAUUUCAAACCAUAAAGUAAUCUGUGAUCCCUCACAGAUCAGUCUUUACCAUAUCCCACAACACACUGUGAUUCUGAUGGAGUGUGAUGAUUUACCACCAGGAUUUACCAGACUAAAAUUGAUAAGUCCAUCAAAUUAUCCAAAAAUUAGAUCCUCAUGUGUAAUGAUGAAUGGAGAAAUUUACAUUUCUAGUACAUUAUUCCGCGAUAACUAUUUCCAAGAUUUUAAGUCCAGGUCUGCCCUCAUGGCCUCUUCUUUCCAUCAUGGACCUUGUUCUUCAUCCAAUAUCCAAAAUGUAGAAGCUGACUUCGCUUUUUGUUUAUGGUCAAAUCACUGGCCAACAAUAGCACUGCCAUGGAUACAAAGAUGUCGUCAGCGAGGCUGGCCAUCUGAGAUUGUUCUUUCAGAAAUAUUAAGUGGAUUCCAUGUUGUUCCUAUUGGCAGCACACCUGAUAAUGGAGAAGAAUGGAGAGUCUCAUUCUCGAAAGCGGAACAAAAGCUUGUGUGUUCAAUGAAUCACUGUCAGUUUUUGUGUUAUGGUCUCUUCAAAUUUUUUCUAAAAGAAGUAAUUAAUUUGCAAAAUAAUACAACUAUGCUAUGUUCAUAUUUCAUAAAAACAACUGUAUUUUGGGUAAUUCAGCAUGGUAAUUCCUUGACUUGGACACCACAUAACUUGUUGUCUUCUUUCUGGGAAUGCUUUAAAUUAUUGAUAUACUGGGUACGAAUUGGAGAAUGUCCAAACUUUUUUAUUCCCCAAAAUAACAUGUUUCGAAAGAAAGUCGUCGGUUCUGCACAAACUUUAAUGUUCAGUCAGUUGUAUGAUUUAUAUUGUAAGGGGGUAUCAUGUCUUCUAUUAAGUCCAACCUUGAGACCUUACCUCAGUCUUUCCAUUUUAUAUAGAUCGAUGAGUGUCUUUACUAACGAGAGCAGCAUCAUAUCUAGCACUGAGCUAGAUAUCAGCUUCUAUAAAGAACUAUAUUCAGACAAUGCUGUUUGUUGUAUGGAGGAAUUUCGAGUUUACAUGGAACACCUUAAGAAUAUAAUUAUAAGAAGAUUGACAUCAUAUCAGAUAGUUACAUUACAAUAUAUGACAUCAAUUGUGUUACGGAACAUCGCCUUCUUGAUUCAGAGUAGUAUUUAUACAAAUAGAUAUCGCAAUAAGAUCCAAUACAAAGCAAAUAAGGUGUCUAAUAAAUUGCUUAAAGUUUCCUGCACGUUUGGCUGUGUGUCAGACAUUUUGUAUCUUGCUAUGUACUUGUACAGAGAUUGUAGGUAUGAACAUUCACUCAAUUGUUUACAGAAAGCACAGGAGAGAAUGUCACAGCCAUAUAUUAUGUAUGGUCUUAAUGUAAAUGUUAAUGUGUACAGACAGUGCAUGGCUGGGAUACCUCUGGGUAAAAAAAUAAGGAUAGCUGUAGUGAAAGAUAUUGUGUUUAACAAUGAAUACACUUGCAUUAAUGAACUAGCAAUGGAGCAAAUAAUAAACAAGUAUGGCACGCCUGUAUUAUUGAUCCCACCCCUAGUGUUGUUACACAUGUUACUUAUCCUAAAUCAUCACAGACAGGAUGACACAGUCAGGUCACAAGAAUAUCUACAGGAUCUACACACUCUGCUGCUCCAUGAUGAUGGUAAUAAUGUACCAACCGAUCUAAGAGAUAUUUCUUGGCAAAUACUUGGAAUCUGUCAACAAAUCUGUGGGGAUUAUAUAGGAUCUCUACAGUCCUAUCAAUAUUCAUUACAACAAAAACCAACUCAUUAUAUUCAGGAAGCGACACUGCUAAGAAUGAAAUCUCUUCCACUUGGGGAGAUGUAAUGUUUCUAUAUCAGAAUAAUUGUUUACAGAUCAUAACGAGUAUUUACAGUUUGUAAUUUUCUUGAUUUAUUCUGUAAUUUUCCAUCUUUCUCUCUUAUUUCUAUGUUCUCUUUUUAGUUUAUUACAACCAACUCUAAUAUUUCCAUGCUCCUGUAUAUUUUUUCAUCGACUGCCGGUACUGUACAUGUUAUUUCUAACGUCCUCAUAUCUUUUUUUUUCUUUUAUUAAAAUUAAGUCAUCUGACGAUCUUACGAAUGAUGCUGAUAAAAAAAAGGCCUCAAAAUUAUUCAGUACUUGACCAUUUGACUUUUUAAGAACUUUUUUUUUUAAUUGUUUAGAUAUGUAAUAUUCAAUUUUAUCACAAUACAUACUAGUAUAAUUCUUAUUGUGUUCAUUA